GUGAAUCAUCUUCUUCUUCGCCCGAGGACGUAGCACACCACCCUGGUGUGUGAACCUCGUUAAAUCUCUGUGCCGUACGGAUCUAUUAUCUCUCUUUAUUCGUGUUUCUUGGUGUUUGAUCUAACACAAUGAAUGACAUGAAAGCCACCAAGAAGGAAGCUUUUGAUUGGCUGAGUAGGAAUCCUCCAAAUUUGUGGGCAAGGCAUGCCUUUGAUUUCAGCUGUAAAUCUGAUUAUAUCACUAAUAAUAUGACAGAAUCAUUUAACCAGUCGAUUGGACCGUACGGAGGAAAACCAAUCCUGAUUUUGAUUGAUGAGAUCAAGAAGCAACUGAUGAAGAAGAUGCAACAAAUAUAUCAAUUGGGAUGUAGCUUAAGGGUAGAGUCACACCCAAAAUCAAGACUAAAUUGGAUGUGGUGGCCACUGAAGCUAGGGGGUGCAUGGUCCUUAUUGCUGGAAUAGAUGAAUUUGAAGUCACAGAUAGUGAUGGGAGAUAUGUGGUAGAUUUAAGGAAGCAUACUUGUACCUAUAGAGUUUGGGAUUGUUCUGGACUGCCAUGCAAGCAUGCAGCCGCUUGUGUAAGAUACAAGAGAGAGAGAUUGGAAAAGUAUUAUGAUCCGUACUAUAGUGUGGCAAAGUACAUGACAGUUUACAAGGACAUUAUUCAUGCAAUGCCUGGUCUAGAUGAGUUGAAGGAGGAACAUAUGAUGAGGAUUGUUCAACCUCCACCUUUAAAAAUGUUGGUUGGUAAACUAACUAAGUGUAGGAGAAAGGACCCAGAUGAAGAACCAUCAGGACAGUUCAGAAGAAGAUCCCAUACUAUCCGGUGUACUAGAUGCAAGUCGACUGAUCACAAUGUGAGGAGAUGUAAAGGAGCCCCAGGGAAAGACAAAGCUGCUUCUUCUGGGAAGACAGUAGGGACAAAGAGGAAGGAGAGAAGUAUGGGAAGUCAAUCUACCAUCAACAAUUCACAGAUGUUGACCAGGUCACAAGCUUCCUCUACCACUACUGAAGUGAACAUACAAUUGAAGACCAAAGCACAGUUGAAAUUAAAAGAAGAGAAAAGAAAAGCACAAAAAGCGCGGAAAAAGGCGAGGAAAGAAGGGAGUACAUCUGGAGCACACUGAGAAGGUUGAAGGCUUUCAAAUGGGAUUGAACAUAAGCUUGGGAUGGGAUGGGAUAUCACUUUGUAAUCUUUUUUUAGCGUUAUUGUAUUCCUUAAGUAGGUGGAUGGCACCAGUCAUUGGCUGAUGUGUUUUUGAUUUUUUUUUAGAGAUAUGAAACUUGGUAUCAAUUCUUGAAUCAUUGGCUGAUGUGGUUUUUGAUGUUUUUUGGGAGAUAUUAAACUUAUAUGUUUAUUAGACAUGUUAAAUUUA